AUGAAAAGGGAAGAAAAAGGGCAAGUUAAGGUUUGUGUGGGAAUUGAUCUCCUAUGGGGGGCUCUGGUGAACGACCUGAGCGCUCUUCUUCCGAUUCUCAUCCCCAAUUUAGUGAUGGAGGGCGAGAUGUUGCAGGGAGACGGCCGCCUGGGCACUGUUUAUCACUUCAAAUUUGGCACUGGUGUGCCAAAUAUGAGCUACCAGAAGGAAGAAAUAGUGGAACUCGAUGAGAGUGUGCAUCGGAUUGGGCUGCAAGUGAUCGAGGGGGGUCGCCUUGGUCUAGGCUUCACCUACUACAAAAACACGUUCCAGCUCACUGCAACUGGUGAUUCGGAAACUCUAGUUGAUGCCACGGUCGAUUAUGAGACUGAACGCCAAGAGACGAAUGCGCCUCCAGGGGAAACGGUGACGACUGGAAUUGCAUUCAUCAAGGAACUCGAAGCCUUUCUGCUGAAGCAAGAAUCAAAUUAG